AUGGCACCCGGUCCUGUGCCUCUCCCGGCGGACGACCUCGUCGCCAUCUACGAUACGUCUAUCAAGAUACUUUACUUGUACGCCAGAGGCAAGUGGCAUUCUGCCAAACUCAUCAGCUUCAACCGCCUGGUUCUGGAGGGAGGCUUGAAAUAUGCUUUCGAGGCCUUCGCUGGUGACCCGGAUACCGGUCCUAUUCCUACAGAACCGACGGAGAACAGGUUCGCCGAAGGACUGCACAUCGACUUGACCAGCGAGCACUUCCAUCCCGAGGACGUUUUGAUCGAAACUCGUGAAGAACUCGAGAACACCGAUGAUCCCAAGAUCAAGACCAACGUGGUCCCGAUUGUGUACAUUCCUAUUAUCCAGUGA